AUGUUGGCGACACGUCAACGGCCAGAGGCGUUCGCAUGGAGCCCAUCUGGGGUUGGAUUCCAAGGAGGAGUGAUCGCUGAAUAUGCCCACUAUUUUGAUCCCAACGCUACGAGCAGCCACGCAAGACUCGAUCUCAUAACCGUCGCCGACAUUUUUACAAAGCCUUUCAAUGCCAUCGUUCCUUCUACGCAGUUUAACGAGCUGUCAUGGGCGCCUCUGACAUCAGAGUCGCAUCCUCUGGGACUUAUUUUUGGCGGAACUGAAAAUGGCACCGUUGUCUUUCUAGAUGCUCAGAAAUUAGUGAAUGAUUCAUCGCUGUCUGUUGUAUCCUCUCGUCGUGACCAUCAAGGCCACGUACUGUCAGUGGACUAUUCGUCUGACUUCCGAUGGGCAAUGUCAGCUGGUAGUGCUCAGUUAUUGCUAUGGGAUCUGACGAAUCUCGCAACCCCUUUCUCACCUGGUACUCCGAAUUUUGCUGAGCAGGUAACGCACAAUUAUGUUUCAAUACCUUUAAUUCUUAUUUUAUGCUCACAAUAUGCCUGUUCUGCUUUUUGUUACUUUUUCAUUCAUCUAUUUGUGCCCCAAAGCCUGCAGUAG